GCAUCAGGGUUACGUUUAUACUUACAGAGUGUCCAAGACAGAAACUGGGUCCUGGAGUACUGAGACCGCGCCUGGUGUCCACCGGAGGCUCUUUCGGAAAGUGCACAACCUCAUCUCGGCCUUCCAGAAACCCGACCAAGGCAUCAUAACGCCCCUGCAGCACCCAGUCAUCAACCAUGCGAAAGCCAAAUACCCCUCAGGGAGAAAUGAAGGCCAUGACUUGCACCUGCAGCCAUCAUGA